CACUGAUUAAAAAUGAGUGUGCUCUAGUGGUGUCAUUAAAUAAAUAAAAUAAAAAUUACUUUAAAAGUAACUAGUGAUGUCGCUAAACAAAACAAACUUUAAUUUUAACAAUGUGUCAGUUUUAAUAACCCAAUGCUAGACAAUAAAUAGCCAUAGUUUAUAGUUUAAAAUGCGCUGAGGCGUCAUUUAAUAGAUAUUCCUUUCCUUUCCUGUCAUUCGUUAUGAACGCUAAAAAAAGAAUCGUCUUACUCCCGAUUAAAACUCCUGAUUGGCUUACCCAUACUACAGUAUUGAUUGGCAGUCAAUAAAUAUUAAUGAAUUGAACAGAAAUGUUACAGUGCACAAAAGCAAUAAAUGUAUCUCUGCUUCAUAUAACAAUAACAGAAAAACAAGGAACAAAACGUGAAUAACCCAUGCAUGUAUGUAUGUCUGGAGGCCUUCCUCAUCUUCAUAGACAAAGGGAGGUAAAAGCAUGUCACUGUCAGCAGACAUUAUUAUUAUGUCACAGCUUGCAUGUGUCACAUCCGAUACGGUCCACACCGACCACCACCAUGCAUGACUGAUUCAGUAAAUCAUUGUGUUUACGCGGGAGACAGAGAGGUCCGAGGCCUGACUACCUGUCAUUGUCACUGUGUCCACCUGGCUUAAGCCUCUGACAUCGAGAUUUCCUCUGGCUAUCUGUUAUUGAUGACCCUGAAACGACCUAUUGAGUCACAGCCAUGGAUCAUUUCAGUUAGCCAGUUGAGCUGUUUUUAGCCUGUAAUCGUCCCAUGUUGGUCUGCGCUCUUUAAACAGUGACAACGUCCGCUACGCUUUACUUUGUGGGAUCCUCCGCACUACGAUGGCUAAAACACACAGUCCGAAGUGAUUUACUCGUGGACAAGUUAUUUCUGUCGUGUCCUGUCCGGGGCCUUUACCUGUAAAUCACCUGGACAGAACGCCUGCAUCAGGUAGAAGUGCAUUCCUGCCUUCAGCUGACCUAGUUUUGUUCUCUCGUCUCAUCCUCACUAGCAGGCAGACAUUUUCUCAUCGGAGGCUGAGACCUCCACUUGAAAGUUUUUUCUAUGAGGAUCUGUGUACAAAGACUGUAGAUGAAGAUGUUGCUUACGGCACCCAUUUACGCAUCUCACAUGGUGCAGAAUCAGAUGACUCCCACAUACACAUACACUCAGGCAGCAGGAGUUCCGGGAGCGGUGACGGGUGUUCCAGGCAUGACAGGGCUGGAGGAGUACCACCACCAGGUGGUGAGCCAGGCGGCGACGAUCGCGGCCCCCGGCGAGCCGCAGACGCCCGCCUACACCAUGCCUGCUGCUGUGACAACCAAUGGUGCCAUUGAGCAGCAGACGGUAAGGGGACGGCCAUUGAAUCAAACAGAUUUACCUGCCGAAGGUGAAGUCCAACAGUCAUCAUCCACACCAACAUCAUCACAGCCAAACACAGGACCAAAGAGAUUACAUGUGUCAAAUAUCCCAUUCAGAUUCAGAGAAGCAGAUUUAAGGCAACUUUUAGCAUUUGGUCCUAUUCUUGAUGUAGAAAUUAUAUUUAAUGAACGGGGCUCAAAGGGGUUCGGUUUCGUAACUUUCGCAAAUAGCGCGGAUGCAGACAGAGCACGAGAAAAAUUGAACGGCACCGUGGUUGAGGGACGAAAGAUUGAGGUUAAUAAUGCCACCGCUCGUGUAAUGACCAAAAAGGCCACUGCUGCACCAACCAUACCAAAUGAUUAUCUUUCAGCUGCUGCGUUAAGAGGCGUUGCCUUGACAAGAACAAGAGCAGCCGUUGCAGCUCGUGGUGCAUAUGCAGCGGCUGCUACGGCGGCUGCCGCAGCCGCUCUCAGACAUCCGACUCCUUUAGCAGCUACUGCAACAGCAUUGCCUUAUGCGGGAUUGUAUCAGGAUCAAUUGUUAGCAGCAGCCUAUGAUGGGAGAUACCAAUUAAUAACGACACAACCUUACGCAACGGCUGCAGGGUUUCCAGCUGGCGCAGCAAGAUACGCAAUUCCAGCCGUUGCUACGGCUGCCACUUACGCUGCAGGAUAUGGACGAGAACUUGCUGCAGAUCCUUACCUGGGACACAAUAUUGGACCAGUCCCUGGUUAUGGCGCUACAGUCUACAGAGGUGGAUAUCAAAGGUUUGCACCUUACUAAAAACAACAACAUGAUCCAUUGGCAUAAAACAUUGUUUGGACAGUGGGGUCAUGUGACCAUCAUGUGAUAGAAGUCAUUGGCCACGUGACCCAUCAGUUGCUGCCCAUUGUGGUGUGGAGACGUCUUCUCUUAUCUCAAGAUACCUAGUUAUCACAGUCAGUGCAAUGAACAACACACAAUGAAAUGGAUCCAACAGCGGUCAUGGUGCUUUCUUAUAGAACUCGUAGCUCUCUUCUUUUUUUUUUCUUCUCUGUUUUUUUCCCCCAACAUGCCGCAUAGAUCAUACAUACGUUUUUUUGUGCUUUUUUAUUAUGGGUUUUUAUAACUCCACACUGCAGGAAAGGUGCCAGUGGGGCUUCUAAUGUAAAGAAUACUCAAGUCUUCUUGCAAGCUUUAUUUUGAACAAACACAUCUAGUCAUUUGUGCGUAUAUAUGUAUAUCUUCUUUUACCUUUUUAAGCUGUUUAUUUUUAUGUGUACCGCAGUUUUGAGUUGGAUUAUGUUUGACUUGUUAUUUGAGCUAUCCUGCUGCCCACCUUGUUUGAUUGGUGGCUUAGCGAAUGCAAGGUUUCAACUGCCUAUCAGUGAAGAAACUGUUACUACUACUUUUACUACUACAGGAAACAGUGAGGAUGAAACCAGUGCAAUCGUGGCAUUUUCUGUCGGCCAGUACAGUCUUCUGGACGAUUGUUAUACAGACAGUUUGUGGAUGAAAUUCCACAAAGCAUUCUGUUGGUCUUGUUUUGCAGGUUGAUGUACAACAGUACAUGGGCUUUGUUUUUUCUAACAUAAUUAGUGGCCCGUUUUGUUUAGCUUUAAAAAAGUUGUUAUUCAAGCAUUUUGUAGAUUCACUGAUUAGUGUUUGAAAUCCGUUGUUUUCCCUUGACAUUGUCAUAUCCACAUCAGAAUCAUCAUACACUGUACAUAGCAAAAGGUCUUCCUCAGUCCAUGCUUGCCAAAUUUCCAUUUAAAAAAAAAAAAAUAUUAAGAAACAACAAUUUGUUUCCAACAAGAGCAGAGAAAAAACAUUUUUACUAUUGUAACCAAUGUUGCUUUUUAAGUGUAUCUUACUAUUUUCAGAUGUGAAUUAGAAUACUGAAUUUUUUAUUUUUUAAGACAGUAUUUGGAUUGGCUUGUAAAAAUCCGAUAUUAAAAUAGUUUUUAAACUUGUCAACAGUAAUAAAAUAGAUGUAUGUGAUGAUUGCACAUGCAUGGUAAGUUAAAGUAAAAUAUUUGGUAAGGGAUGCAUAUAGAUGACAUGAUUUCGAAGAACAGAUUGCUUGCCAUUAUCAAUUAUGUCAGGUUUUCUUGUUCAGUGAGGAAAAUAAUGGCCAACAAAUCGGAAGUUAUUCACAAAACUUAGGUAACGAGAGGAAAACAUGGGUAUAUGUUUUUAUGUAAAUUUAUUUUGUAUUCCCAAUUUGUCAUCUUAAUCCAAAUCUUAAAAUCUUAAAUUCAUAUAACAAAAUUGUGGAAACCCACAGAAUUAAUCAUUGUGGGUUUUUUUGUGCUAAUCUAUUUAUUGAACAAGUUGGGGGUUUUGCUUUGCACUUUUACAUGUAAUUACGAUCUUCUGAAAAUUUUGCCGACUUUUUCAACCUCAGGAAGGUUUUACCACAGCAGCUGUAUAUAAUGUUGCAGGGUGUGCUAAACUUGUAUAAUGUAUGUGUUAGUGUUAAAUUUGUUGUUUUGUCAUCAUUUCGACAUUUCUGUUUGAAAACGUUACUUUUCUAAAAUGUAUAUUUUUGUCAAAUCUUUCACCUAUUAUAGUGCUUGAAUAACCAAAGAAACAUACAUUGUACAUAAUUUUGUAAAAAAAAACAGAAGGAAAUAAUAAUAAAUUGACAUUUUUUAAAAUAGCAAAGCAUGGACUGAGGUGGUCAAAUCAUGGGAAUGAAACUUACAUUGCUAGAUGAGACAAUGUCAUUGUUAAAGGGGCUGUAUUGACUUCAGUUUGUCAAUAAAAUAUUUAUCGCAGACAUUAAUUAUGCAUUUUGAAAUACUAUUCCACUCACAUACUUGUGCUUUGAAUAUCCAUUUUAUCUUGCAGUUAACUGAAUGUCUGAAAAUAUUAAAAACAGGCUCUCAAUUUAUGAUUUAACAAAAUGCUGAUCGACUUCUGAAGUCAAUAAUGCCCCUUUAAUUCCUAAACCUGGCCAGUAUUGGCGUAAAGAUUCUUGUUUUGUUUGUCCAAUCUCAGAUUGUGUUUUCUGGAUUUUUAAAGUUAUAAUAUCACACUCUAGCCAGUGGUGCUGUUGCAACUGAUUCACUUUAGAGCUGUGCCAUACUCUUGUACCUCACAUCCUACAUGUGCAAUGUUAAAUUAGGAAAUCUGUCGAAUUUCUCUCGAGGGAUUUUUCAACAUGGCUAAGAACGUAUUUGAUGUUCAAAUACUAUUAACUAGUGCAGAUUGUGAUUAGUAAGCCCAGUACUAAAUUAAAAGUAGCCAAACUGUUAGUUUAAAAAAAAAAAAAAAAAAAAAAGAUUCAGCUUACAAUAUUAUAGGAAUGUGAAUCUCUUAACAAUAUUUAAUGUAAUUGUUUAAUCUUUUUCCUUUUUUUUUUUUUUUGGUAUUAUCUCAUUCUUUGGAUAGUCACUAUUCAGUAUCCAGUUGACAUUAGAAAAACACUCAAUAUGUAUUUAGUUUUAGAAGUCUAGUUACUAGAAACUUUUGUUAGUCAUUUUGUAUUCAGAAAAUGGUGUACGUGGUAUUUACACUAGGUUCUGUUGACAACAUGGUUUCAGCUAAAAUGUGUGUAUAGUCAGUCCUUCGGUGCCAAACUCUUGAACGUUUCUUGUAUCUGCUUUGGAUAAAUGUUUAUGGUUCACAAAACUAUCUUUAGAAUUUGAGGCAGAAUUUAUUUUUCUGUUUAAUCCUCCUUUUUUCUGCCAAUAAGCAUGGACUGUGGACAACAUUAAAGUGUAUUAUUUUGUUAUUUCAGUUAAACUGAGACCAUGAAGUUGUUGGAAUAAUAAUUUGCCAUCUAUUUUAGUGGUCAUAAAAUGUAAUUUUAAGCUUAAAUGAGCACAUGUUUUAUAUUUAAAAUAUAUAUAUAUAGUAAACGCUGCAAACUGUUCUGUUUAGGCAUAUUUGUUAUAAUUUUAAAUAUUUUUUAAAAGCAAGUAAAUAGUUGCACAAAAGGAAAUUGUAAAGAAUGUUCUCAAUUUUUUUUAUUUAAAAACUUAAAACACCUGUAUAUAUUGCAGACAAAAGAAAUAUAUUAAAAUGACAGGGCUGAAUAUGUUGUACAUCCAAAGUAGUUAAACCUACAUUAACUGUGUAUGAAAGAUGAUGGUCGAUUGUUUUGUGUGUCUGCUGUGUGCGUUCUUUUCACGUUUGGUGCUAUGACGAAAUACUGAUUCUUCCUCACAGUGUAUAAACAGUGUAUACAGCAGAACUGGGGAAGUGGAUCCUCAACAGAUUUUCUGUCUUUGUUUUAUUCUGAACUACAAGGAACAAGCUUAAUGUUUUAUAGAAGUAAAGAAAAAUGUUCAGUUUGAUUAUAAUAUUACUAUUAAUAGUAAUUGUUUCUGGAAAGAUCAUCAGAGUAGACUGGGUUUUCUGCUUUGUAAAGCCUGCCUCUUGCCUUUUUAUCAAAACAACAACCAGUCUAUCACAGAACAGUUAAAUUCAAGGAUCACCUUAUUAACCAGUAACAAUUGGGAAUAAAGUUUGUUCACUUGUAUGCUAUUAAUUGGCAUGUUUCUUUUGGGAGUUGAUCUGACUAAGGACAAAAUCAGUCUGUAAUCUUUCAACAAUUAACUUUUUUACUAAGCAUUUUCAUUGCCAAAAUAGUCUUGCCUGUUAUUAACGACUUUGAUCUGAAAGAUUUUUUUUAGUUUUUUUGUUAGUGCUAAAGUUGAAUAUCAGGGGAAAUAAUGAAUCUCGAUCCUUUUUAACUUGCUGACAUCUCUAGUACAUGUAUGUAGUCUUGGACUUAGUUUGGUUUUCAUUUAUGGACGCCUUUUAAUUUCAGAAGAGGAGAUUCAAACAGCUGAGUUAUGAUUAUACCAAAAGUCGGCAAAAAAAACUACUGAUUAAAUGUUAGCAAGUUGAAAAACCUGCAUGUUUAUUGAGCAGAGUUGAAGUCUUGUUGACUUUACACUGUAGUGUAUUCUCUUUGUAACGGAUCACCUUUUGUAGGACAGUAAAUGGUGCAUAAGUCCCUUUCAAAGUUAUCUGCCUUUAUUAAUUAACAUUUCUGUCUUUGGUAUUAUAUGGUACACUAACUUAACUGUUUGAUUCUGUGCCAUCUCUUUCAUAGAAGAAGAAAAGAGCUGGUACCAACAGUUUAUUCAAAUUCUUCACCUUUUCUGCGUGUUUGUUGCUGUCCUGCAAUGUAGAAAAUGAAUAUGAAAGAUUCCUUAUUGCCUUUGAAGAAUAACCUGUGUGGCAAUGGUGUUUUUUCUUUUCUAACAUAAUAUUGUUAGUAAUAUCUUAAAUAACAUCUGGUUAAACAAUAUUGUUGAACAUUUAUUCUGUUCUUAUGUUGGUUCUAGACAUUGUAUUAGCUUUAUACUUAUGUGCCCUUAAAACAAAGAAGAUACUUUUAAGGUACAUUUGUUGAUUGUUACAAAGAGAAAAAACUACUAGAGAAAUUUUGUUAAGCAUUGUUUUUAAGAGAUUUCACAUUGGAGAAAUAAGAAGUCUAAUGCAUUUCUGUUUUUGGUUAUCUAGUAAUUCUGUUAAGCAUUGUUUUUAAGAGAUUUCACAUUGAAGAAAUAAGAAGUCUAAUGCAUUUCUGUUUUUGGUUAUUUAUUUAUUUAUAUGGUUUGUACAAUCUACGCAAUCCUUGUUGAUAAUCAAAACGUUUUUAUUAAAUUGAUGACAAUUUGUCUUAGGUGAUUUGGUUUUUAUUUAUGGAGGGUAUUUCUUUUCCCAUACCUUCCUGUGAUUUGUUGACUGCUAGAAUACUUCAGUUGAAAUCAGUUGAAAUCAGAACUAAAAUGGCACAAUCUGCUAUUAAUGUUUUAUAUAUAUAUUAUAAAUGUUGACAGUUCUGUAUCUUGGAUUAUAUAUGUCUAGCAAUCCAUUUUCUCGUCAUGGCUGAACUACAUUUGUUUUCAGUGAUGUUUUGCAUUUUGAGCACAUUGUCGAGUUUACUUUGGUAUUUUUGAUGGGGAGAAAACUAUUUGUACAAAUAAUGAGCAAAAUCAAAAUAAUUGUUCAGUUUAUUCGUAACUGAUGUUCUUUGUUUUGCAGAUUAAGACAGGAUUUUGGUUUUGGGUUUGUUUUUUGGGUUUUUUUAUUAUAUUUGUUUUUUUAUUUUUUUAUGGGGAAGUUAAAUGCUGUAUUUUGUUUUUUGGAUGCACAAAUGCAAGUCUUAAUCCAUACUGAACAGUUCAUUCAUUGUCAUGUAGCUAGCUGUCUGUUGCAUUCUUCAUAAACUAGUCUUUCUGUGUAAAAAAGAAAAAUAGUCAUCCAUUAAAGAAAGUACAGUAUUAAGACAUUGUAUGCAAGCUGGUUGUUCAUUGGCUGAAAAACUAUUCCAGUGUUUGUAUCUUGUUAAGCAUUUAUCACUGCAUUUGAAAUGUUCGCAUACACAUACAUGUGUACUUGUAUAGAAGGGAUUUGGGUGUAACUUGUUACAGCUACAGAGAAGAAAGAUUGCUAAUAUAUUUGGUAGAUUUUAGACAAAAAGGUACACUUUAAAAUGUUUCAUGUAAUGAAGAUUUGCAAAGCUGUUUGUUAAAUUGAAAUACGAAAAUAUACAGCUGAAGGCAGAUGAGAUAGUGGGGUUUUUUUUUAAUUUCGAAUUAAUGUACACAAACAUUUGAUUACUUUAAUUGUGACAAAUUUUAAAAUAAAUUUUUAUUGUAAAUUAUUUUAGAAAUGCUCACAUAAAUUAUUGAAAGUCCAUAUUAUUAUUUAGGCUGUAAUUAAUAUAAAUUGACCUGGUAAUAAUUUCUGUCCUGGAUCAGGCCCCUGGCUAACCAGAGACAAGACCCGGGACUGACAGGCUGGAAACCUUCGUGGUAUAUGAGCAUGACAUAAUUAUCCGCUCUGCACUUAAAAAAAAAGGAAGGUAAUAAUUUUAUCAUGCAUAUAUUUUAGAACUCGUACUAAAAUAUUUUAGAUUUUUUAAAUUUCAAAAAUGCUAAAAAUUUAAUGAAAUAAAUUUACUUUUUAUUUUUUUUUAUUUAGCAACUCCAUUAAGACUUGUUUUUACAGCUAUACAUGGUUUCUUUGCAGUGUCUAAUGCUAAACAGGAUAUAAAUAUUACUGUCGGCAUCGCUGUGAACAACGAGCACACCUUUUCAACAGUAAUAUUUCCAGUGCAUACGGUAUCAGUGAUGUGUAUAAAUAUUUCAAUGCGUACAAUAUGUGUUAUAUGUCUGGCUUGAAUGUUACCAGUUAGUUGUGUAUGAACUGUGCCAGUAUAUAUAUUAUAUAUGUAUGUAC